ACAGUUUAGUUUAGAAGGAGAUUAGGACAAAGUUAAAUUUUUCUAUGUAAAUUUUACAAAUAGUUUAUUCCAAAAUGAAGUUAAAGGAAAUUUUCGAGGUGCAGAAAGUCUACAAGGCAUUUUACACUGGUGGAACGGUUCAAUGGAGCACAGAUGGGCAGGAGUUCCUUUGCCAGAACUCCGGAGCUAUAAGUAUGGUGACGAUUGCGGAAAGCGACUCAACGGAGGAUUCGGUAACACUUGGUGACGACGAAGAUGUUAUCUAUACUUUUGCAUUGAGUAAGGAUAACCAGAGCAUAAUAUCUGCCCAUCGUUCCGGCCUUUUAAAGCUCUGGGACAAGCAAAAUAAGCAGGUUAGUAAAAUGUGGAAAGGCCUACACCAGGGCCCAAUCUCUAAACUAGAGUUCAGCGAGGAUGAUUCGUUAAUUGCUAGUGGCGGUUCCGAUACUUUGGUUCGAGUGUGGAACCCUAGAGAGCAAGUGUGUAAAGGAACGCUAAAAGGUUGUCAGGGUGUUAUUAAUUUGCUUGUAUUUCACCCGGACGCGGACAGCAAAACAUUACUGGCAGCGGGUGAUGAUGUUAAGAUCAAUGCUUGGAACUACGAAACUAGAGAAUUGACGAGGACCUUUUCCGGACACUUUUCCAAAGUCACUGCAAUUUCAUUUUCAGACGAUAAGAAAUAUAUGGUGUCUUCUGGAAGAGAUAAAAUAUUAAUUCUUUGGGAUUAUGACUCGCAGAAAGCUAUUAAAACAAUUCCUGUUUACGAAAGUCUGGAAAGUGUGGUUGUUUUACCGACGGGCAUUAAAUUUCAAGGACAAAAGCUUAGUACAGGAAAGAUUUACGCAGCAUGUGCAGGCGAAGAAGGUCUUAUCAAAGUGUGGGAAAUGACCGAAACUAAAAUAGUGUUCAAACAAACUAACAGUUUGGUCACCAAGUCAGUAGAAGACGGUGGAUUAGCCAUUACAAAUAUGUUGUUGAAUCGGAAUACUAAGCAGUUGGCUGUAAUCAGUGCAGACCACAACAUAAUUAUUCACAACAUGAAAUCAUUAGACUGCGUCAAACAGCUGGCUGGUUUUAGUGACGAAAUUCUGGAUUUAAUUUUGUUUGGUAAAAACAAUCGUUUUCUUGGAAUGGCCACUAAUAGUAACGAUUUUAAAAUAUACGAUACAAAUACAAUGAACUGUCAGCUAGUGAAAGGCCAUACGGAAAUCGUAUUGUCCCUUUCAGCAAACGAUCGGUAUAUUUUAUCGUCAUCUAAAGAUAAUUCAAUUCGAUUGUGGUCCUACGAUGCAAACAAAUUCCUAGUUCAGUGUGUGGCUAUUGGCUUGAAACAUACCAAUUCAGUAGGAAGCGUCUCACUCAGUAAGUUAUCCGGUAAAUUCUGCGUCAGUGUAAGCCAAGAUAAAUGUUUGAAAACUUGGAAAAUACCCGAAGAAUUUAACAACACAUCUGACGACAAAGAAAUAACCCGUUUGAACUGUUCUUUGACAGAACUUGCUCACGAGAAAGACAUUAAUAGUGUGUGCAUAUCGCCCAAUGAUCAGCUGAUAGCGACUGGAUCACAAGAUAAAACUGCAAAACUUUGGGAUGUUAACACUUUGCACUUGAUAGGUGUGUUCCGAGGACAUCGCCGAGGAAUCUGGGCCGUACGAUUUUCACCCGUAGAUCAAAUCCUAUUGACCAACGCUGCCGAUUGUUGCAUCAAAUUGUGGUCCUUGUCCGAUAUGACGUGUCUUAAAACUCUCGAAGGACAUGAGAGCUCUGUUUUACGGGCAGAAUUUCUUUCCAACGGAAUGCAGGUGUUAUCUGCAGGUGCUGAUGGACUACUAAAACUGUGGUCUAUCAAAACGUCUGAAUGUCUUCAAACCUUAGAUAAACAUGAAAGUCGAAUUUGGGCUAUAUGCAUUUCAGAAGAUGAAUCUGAAUUCUUCAGUGGCGGGUCGGAUUCACAGCUUAUAAAGUGGAAAGAUGUUACCGAUGAAAAACGUGAACAAGAACGUAACCAACGGAACGACAUGCUGCUUCAAGAACAAGAACUGACCAAUUUAGUGAACGACAAAAAACUUCUGAAAGCCCUGCGACUGUCGUUAAACCUAGACCGCCCUUUGAUGACUUUAAAAAUUAUUACUGCCGUCAUAAAAUCCCAGGAACAAGGAUUGUCCGCUACGAUACAAAAGCUGCGCGAUGAUCACAAGCAAACGUUGCUAAAGCAUGCCACCGAAUGGAACACAAACAGUAAAAACUGCCGGCCGGCUCAGCUAGUUUUAAACAUUUUACUGCAGGAAAUGCUGUCGGGUAGCUUCCAGGUGACCGAACUGAACAAGCAUCUGGAAGCGGCUCUUCCUUACACCGAGCGGCAUUUCAAACGGAUGACCGAGUAUGCAAAGGAUUUAAAGUUUAUUGAGUAUACACUACACUGUAUGCAACCGCACGCGGUUCCCCAGGAUGGGAGCAAUAAAAAACAACACUAA